ACGUCGUAACCUAGGAGACGUUUUGUUUACUUCCGGGUUCUCGAAGCCGAAAACAAGAGGGAUAGUAACACGCCCGCAGCACAGAGCAAAGCGGAUUAAAGUUCGCAGAGAUGGCAGGAGAGGCUGAGGACGAGAUACCAGAAUCAGGAGCAGUUUUCACUUUUGGAAAGAGCAAAUUUGCUGACAACAUCCCCAGUAAAUUCUGGCUUAAAAAUGACGUCCCGCUCAAAAUAGCCUGUGGAGACGAACACACCGCCUUAAUAACCAAAAAUGGGAAGCUCUUUGUGUUUGGCAGCAAUAACUGGGGCCAACUCGGCCUGGGAUCCAAAGUGACCGUGAACAAGCCCACCCGUGUCAAAGCUCUGAAAUCUGAGAAGGUUCAGCUUGUGGCCUGUGGCAGGAACCACACUCUCGUCUGCACAGCUCAGGGGCGGGUGUACGCCUCCGGGGGGAAUGGUGAGGGUCAGCUGGGGCUUGGCGACUGUGAGGAGAGGACAGCCUUUGAGCGAGUCGGUUUCUUCGAUUCACACGGACCAAUCAUAAUGCUCGCUGCUGGUUCAAACACCUCGGCUGCUCUCAUGGAGAGUGGCAAGCUGUUCAUGUGGGGCGACAACAGCGAGGGUCAGAUCGGCCUGGGGAAGGAAGGCCACGCCUCUUCGCCACAGGAAGUGACUGUGGGUCGACCAGUCAGCUGGGUGUCCUGUGGAUACUACCACUCUGCCUUAGUGACAACUGACGGAGCUCUGUACACGUUUGGUGAGCGUGACAGUGGGAAGCUGGGUCUGGGCACCGAGCAGCUGCCGGGACACCGGGUCCCUCAGCUGGUGAAGAGCAUCAAGGAGCCAGUGACACAGGUGGCCUGUGGGGGUGGGCACACGGUGGUGCUAACAGAUGUCAGCGUGUACACGUUUGGCCUUGGCCAGUUUGGACAGCUCGGUCAUGGGACAUUUAUUUUCGAGUCCCGGCUGCCACGUCUGGUGGACCACUUCAGGAAGGGCCGGGUAUGUCAGGUGGCCUGUGGAGAGAACCACACCGCUGUCCUCACUGAUGGUGGUUUGCUGUACACGUUUGGAGACGGCCGACACGGGAAACUGGGCCUGGGAGAGGAAAACUUCACCAACCAGUUCAAACCAACUCUGUGUUCACGCUUCCUUAAGUACAAAGUCCAGGCAGCUAGAUGCGGCGGCUGUCACAUGGUGGUGCUGGCUCAGCCGCGGGAUCCGAACUGUGCGGACGUGACACUGGAGGAGGACGAUGUGACAGAGGAUUUCCUGGAGAAGCCGUACGUGGAGCUGCUGGGGGACACGGCCGACUCCUCCACUCUGCAGAGGAGCCAACCACAGGAGCGAUCUCCAGACCAGCUGGGCGCCCGCACUCUGCCCGCCAUGAUGUCCCUCCAACCCCUGCUGCCUGUCACCAGCCACACUGUCCUGCCUGAGCUGACCCACAGAAAGGUGCUCAACGGUCCUCACCUACACGGGAGCGCAGGGUCACUGCACCAGGAGCAGACAGGCGGCGAGACAAGCAGCGCCGUGGAGAGCCUGACGGACACUGACAGCGUUAAAGACCUGGGUGAAACCACAGACUUCCUGAACAUGACACAUGUGAUGAAGAUGGACCCCAGUGAUAAAACGCUCACACUGUCUCCAGUUCAGAAGGAUUUGACCCAAGGAUUUGCUCAGAAGUUGAGCAAAGGUGAGGAGGAACCGGAGGAAGACAGUGUUGAUGACAACGAUGAGGAAGAAGAGAACUAUGCAUCAGCUGAGAUGGAGGGAGCAGCAGAACAGAGGCCUGGGCCUGGUGAGCUGCAGACAGCGCCUGCACCCAACAGGGAGCCCAGAGGUGACAGAGCAGCUGAAGUCACUGCAGAGCCCAACACUGCAGCUAAAGACAAGGCCGAUGACGGCUUGAAAAAAGUCAAUGGGACUGCAGACAGCGGCUCCAAGAACCAAUCAGGCUCCAGCAAAAAGCGCUCCAUCUUCAGACAGCUGUCCUCUUCCAGGGCGAAACAGAGACACAGCAAGGAUCCAACCCCAGCGGAGAGCACCGUCAGCCAGGACACAGCCGCCCAGGGAGAGCCUGUGUCCCCUGCCACCGGCAGCAGCAACCUGGGCACAAACAGAGGCCAAGUGCAGCAGCGAUCCCGCUCUGGCACCUGCGCCCUGCUGUGAUCCUAGCAACACAACUCUCAGGUGGCCUAAGUUACCUGGAAGAGUUUGACUGAGGUGUGAAAGCAGCACAGUGACAUGGUGCUUUUCACUAAACACACAAGGUUUUCUCAUGGAUCAGUGGGUGCAUGCAGUGUUGUCCUCCUGUGGAGGUCAGACUGUGCUGGGUGUGUCCACAGCCUAAAGCCACAGCAGAGACACUGCACAUCUGCCUAAGUGAUCAUCUCUGAAGCUUAAAGGAACUGUGCACCCGCCUGCAGCUGGAAGUGUGGCUCUGAGAUGUGUCAUGCUCCAACAUGGAGGACAGCAGCUUUAGUCAGACCAGCACAGCUGGAUUAUCAGCUUGUGGUGUCUCACCUGGGCUGUGCACAUUAACAGUAGAGCUACAACUGCUUGACCUGGGUCUUUCAUUUUUACAUCAAGGCUUAAAAGGGUCCAUGUGCACUGAUUACUUCAGUUUUUAAAUGUUGCUUAUUCUUAAAAUUAUGUUUGACAUCAUAUUGCCAAAGACAAGCUGAGAAUCCUCCACCAGUAUGACCAGUAUCACUAUGCUGCUAGGCAGUUUUUCAUUUUACAUUUAGUUGACUCCUUGCUGUGUGGCCGAGCCUCAACGUGUGUGUGUGUGUGUGUUUUCAAACUGUGAGGGUGUAAAUAUUCUUAUUUAUUGUGUCCUGGACCUUGAGCACUUUUGCACUUUUGAUGUGCAUUUCAACAAGAUGCAUUAAUUUUAUAUUCUGACGCGAUAAUCUCAUUUAACUGACCCAUUCGUUUUUUAUCAUUUAGAUUUUUGUGAUAUCAGUAAAGCAUUUUGAUAUAAAGCUGAACACAAGUCCUUACUUUUCUACAAAUUCUUACUGUAAUUUCCGGAUUAUAAACUGCAACUUUUUUCGCUUCAUGCACACACCUUCAUCAUGGAAAACACACAACGAAAUGCAUA